CCAGAAAGUUCCGAGCGACCCAUGCUGCCUGCUGCCCGCGACUGUCUCUGCCGGGGCGGACGGGAUCGGACCGAGGUUCUCACCGCUCAGAAGAAUGCCGUCUUCCUCCCUCAAUCAGUUCGCUGACCUGGAAGAAAUGAUGUGCAAGCAUUUUUUCAAUCUGGACCUGAGAGAGCCCAACAGACUGCUGCCAUCCCUCAGUCUGGCGAUGCCGACGUCGGGCUACAUCGGCGAGCCGCGCAGAAACACCUCGUCCUCCCUGUCCUCCCUCCCCUCCGACCCGUCAGACAGCAUGUUCCUCACCUCCAGCCCGUGGGAGCAGCAGUCCCAGAGUCCGCUCCCCCCUCAGCUUGGGGGUUCUGCUCAGUGGGGAAAGUCCGGCCUCCUGUUCCAGCGCUCGGUCAGCAUGGUGGAGACGAGCAGCGCCUCGAGAGCCAGUCUGAGCUGGCCCAGCGGCAACGUCAGGAUCUCUCAGAGUGACAUCAGUCCCAUAGCGCUGAACGCCAGCUCCUCCUCCUCCUCCUCCUCCACCUCCUCCUCCUCAUCUCGCUAUAAAACUGAACUGUGUCGCUCCUUCACUGAGAGCGGCCUGUGUAAGUACGGAGGGAAGUGCCAGUUUGCACACGGGCCAGAAGAGCUGCGAGAUCUGAACAGACAUCCAAAGUACAAAACGGAGCUGUGUCGUACUUUUCACACCAUCGGCUUCUGCCCCUACGGGAUCCGCUGUCACUUUGUCCACAACGGCGAGGAGGAGAGCCGGCACUCCCUCUCCCGCGCCUCCUCCUCCUCGUCCUCCAGCAUCCCCCAUCAGCCGCUGUCCUCGUCUCGCCCACACCGGCCUCCUCUGGUCAGGCAGAGCUUCAGCUUCUCGGGGUUCCCCUCGGCGCCCCAGCCUGUCCUCGCCGGAAACGCCGCUGCAGCUCAUUCGCCCGUCGCUCGCGCCCCUUCGGCCUCUCCUCCCUCGUGCGCCGAUAUCACCGACCUCCUCUCCCACGCGUUCCUGGAGAUGGACUCCGCCUUCGAGGCCUCCCCUUCCUACCAGUACCUGCCUCCGUGUGGCGGCCAGGCCGCCGCCGCCACGGCCGACCCCAGGUCUCCGUUCCUGCCCUCCCCUGACUCUGGCUUCUCUCCCGGGGGUUUGUCUCCCACCAGCUCGCCGUCGCUGAGGCAGAGUCCCAGUGCUGCGGCGCCCCCCGCGGAGCCGCUGGGCCCCCGGUCCCUGUCCUACACGUCCCUGUCGGACCAGGAUCAGGAUGGAAGCAGCUCCACCAGCUCGCUCAGCGGCUCCGACUCCUGCGGCGGGCCCGGCGACGGCAGCGGCAGGCGUCUGGCGGUCUUCAGCCAGCUGUCGGUUCCCGAGGAUGCCUCUGGGUUCUGCCUUUAGCCUGCCGUGGCCUGACACUCACACACACACAGCUCACACACUGACCACCUACACUUCUUGCUGACACUGAAGACCUUCGCUCCUUUGUGGCGCUGAAGCUAACUUAAGACUCGGAUCUCUGCGGUUUAAUUGUUGCUGUUUCAUGUUCAGGCCACAGCCAGGGAGCAGCGCCAUCAUCAGAUCAAUACUUAUUAAGCUUGAUGUUUCAAAGUGCCAGAAAUUUGAGUGUUUUCUUUUCUUUUUUUUUGAAUAAUUGAAAUGUUGUAGUCACUGUGUGAUCGGCCUGUUGAGUCUGUUCACGCCUUUCGAUCACUUACAUCGGCGUCGAAUGAUUGUGACAAAAGCCAAAGACAUUGUUUUGUAGUGUAAACCUGAUAAUGGAACACGGAACACUCUCGCACACACACACACAGUGGCCUACGUUAUGGAGCUAUUCCACUGACUGUACACAGGACUGUUGAUAAGCUUGUGAAAUUAUCGCUGUACCUGUGCAGUCCGAGGCCGCGGUUCGAUUGCAGGCCUCAAUCUGAAUGUUUUUAAACGGCGUUGCCAUGUUGCAUUGUUGAGAUUAGCUGGUCUAUGUGGGGAGGAGUGAGAUGUCAGGGAUGUGAAGAGUUAAAUAACUCCGGGGGGGACCCAGCUCGGUCCUACUCUUCCCAUAAGCAGUGGAUGUUGAAGUUAUGGUUGAAAUUUCAUCACAUUGUUAAAUAUCGGAGUUUCAGGGUCUUUUGGAUCUCAUGUAAAGUUUUUUUUUUUUUUUUUUCCUCCUCCCCCCCUCAUGUUUUAGUUUCAUACGUUGUGCUGAUUUUCUAUUUCAGAAACAUUCCCAGACCUGUUUCUUCACCUUCUUCUUCUUCCCCUCUCAUCCCCCAAAGCUGUGUUCCACCUUUGAGUGUGCUCCGGUUGCCUUUCAGUGUUAUUACCCAGCAUCCUUCCUGUGGAGGCUCAGUGCUGCCGUGAGCGUCCCCGGCCGUGCACGCCGCUCCGGGGCACAUCCGGCAGAGUUACUGUAGAGUUUAGGGUCACGCUCGCUUAGCGUUUUUUACAAAUGUUACUCGUGUGUUUAUGUUGUAGUUGUUUGGAGACACAAAAUGUUCUUCGUCUAUUUAAAAAGUGGCUUUUUCAUCGACGCGUUUGAGGGCUGGUUUAGUGGUUCAAAAAGCGAUAAGCUUUAGUAAAUUAAUUUCUUUAAUUUAUUUUAACGUAUUUAUAGAGGACUUUGAGUUCAUGCUCGUAUCAACUUUAAUAUAUUUUGGGUUUUUUCUGCUUUUUUGUACUGGAAAUAAACUU